UGUAUAGUUUACGUGUACAGGGCUUUUUUUAAGAGAAUAUCAGUUUUCUUAUUACGUUAACAUCCCUAAGAGACCACCCAAUUUGCCUCGCGUGCUAAUGGUUUCCAAAUGCCGGUAAUUGUGGAUUAAACCAGAAAACCUAUGGCCGCUUAUUUAUGACGUACCCAGACGUAAAUACGUGACCAGAACUGAAAAAAACACUCAGGAAAGUUCAGUACAUUUCGAGUCGAGGUACACUUUCGUAUUUUUCCAACCUGUGUUUCUUGUUUGCGCCAGGCUAUGCACUAAUCCAGCCCAUGAACCCUCCCUAUCUUUUAACAUAUGGGGGCUUCGGGGAACUCGUCUUCAAGCCCUGCCCGAACAGGAACAAUGAAGUCGCAAAACCGCGAGCGACUCAGUCGAGACACUAGCGAUAAGCGUCGAGCGACGAGAGUCGAGCGACGAGUGCCGAGCGCAGAAGUCUGCGGAAGGUCCUCCGCUCUCUGCGAGACAGCUAAACACGAAGUCAUGUAGCCUCCAACCCAGCAGUUAGCCCGUCUUCUCCUACUCUGCCAUAAAACCGCCAUUUUUAUUUCCUUAAAUAUGGCGUCACAGUGGCAAAAAUUCAUUUCAAAGUAAACCAAGUGAACCAAGUGCAGUUUUCUCCAGAUUAGUACCCAGUCCUCUUGAUUAGCGAAUGGACUGGGAUUGAUGACUCUCCCCAGUUUUCACUCAUUCUUCUGCACGUGUAAAUGGCGGCCAGAUUUGAGAUUUCCUGAGGAAAGUUUAUAAAGCUUACGAUAAUAUUUUAGUACAAUGCCUACCAGGACAAAUGCGAGAACUGCUGCUGAGACUUUCGAAUGGAUUGGAAAUGGAACGAUAGACGAUGGAAAAGUUUUUUAUAGACAAUUCAAAUUUAAAGGAAACUUGAUCAGUUGUGAAGAUGAUGUCAUUAUUAACGGCAAUAAGAAGUGUUUUAUUGGACAUGUUGAGAAGUUAUAUGAGCUUGAAGGAAGUGAUGAUCCCAACAGAGCCAUAAUACAGUGGUAUUUCACUUAUGAAGAACUGCUAAAAUUAGCAAAAAGGAGGAUUACUGUCGAUAUUGCGGAACCUUGGAGAGAAUUAUUUUUACCUUCUAGUGACAGUGUUCAUAAUCACGGUGUUGAGGAUAUUGAUGCUGAAACCAUUUCAAAGAAGUGCACUGUUUUAAGACUUAAACUGCACGAUCUGUUGCCGGACUGCUUACAUGCCACUGACCAGGAGGACUUGUUUUACGUGCGUUACAGAUUUGACAGGCAUUUUAACCUUCAUCCUGUCAGUAAAAGGGUUGCAAGAGAGUCCACAUCAAAAAGGGAAAGUAGUGUUACAAAUCAUGUUAAAACUCCGAAGACUCCCAGAAGGGAAUCUACAAGAAACCAGAAUCUUGUCAAAGAGAAUGGUGUCAGUAACAAUGCAAAAACACCACAGACAAGGAAAACACCAGCAAAAGGAAAGGAUACUCCAUCAGUGAAGAAAAAAAGCACAACUCCUGUUCGAAACAAAACUGUUAUGUUAACUAACAAAUGUGUGAUACCCCUGGAGCCAUUAGUUUUCAAUGGCAACAGUGGGACACCUGUUAAACGAAGAGCAAGCCGCAGUAUUCCCGAUGAAUCUACUGUAACCUCCAAGAAAAGUAGACACAACCAGAGUGCGAAGAAGACAGAAGGACCAGUAAAUUCUCCAAGGCAACAAUAUGGUACUGCAGAAGUUCUGGAGCAAGUACUGGAGAGUGAAUCAAGAUGUAGUAAUGAUGGCGAGAAUGAUAGUGACAAUGAUAGUGUGUUUCAUCCAAGUGAUGUCAGUGAUGAUGACGAUGAUGAUAGUGAUGAUGGCAAUGAUAUUCUUUGGGAGGCUGAAGCUAAAAACAAUACAGGAAUGGUGCUUAUUUUCAAAACAGUUCAAAGUAGACCAACACCAGGAAGAGGAGGCUUGAGGUCUUCAAAGAAGUUAACAACAUUCACCUUGAUACAGGACACACCUAGAGGUAAGCCAGCCGCAAAAACUCCAUCCAGAACUAAAUCAUCCCAGAAAACACCUCUUAAGAACCCUACACAGCAAAGAGUGAAAACUCCAAGGACCAGUCGCAAGACUCCUAAGACUCCGGCUCCAAGCAGUGCCAAGCAACCAUCCAGGAAGAGCUUAAUGACACCGAGCAUUCCUGAGAGGCAGCAGCCUUGCAAGGCACCUGGCACACCACUUGAACUGGCAAGAAAAAAACUGCAUGUGUCUGCAGUGCCAUCAUCUCUUCCAUGCCGUGACAAAGAGUUUACAGACAUCUAUAACUUUGUUGAAGGAAAACUACUUGAUGGCACUGGAGGUUGCAUGUACAUCUCGGGAGUUCCAGGCACUGGAAAAACAGCCACAGUACAUGAGGUCAUACGCAGCAUCGAAGAAGCUCAAGAUGAGUUGCCAGAGUUUACUUUUGUAGAAAUCAACGGAAUGAAGUUAACAGAACCAGCUCAAGCUUAUUCUACUUUCCUUAAGCUGCUAACAGGACAGAAAGCCACACCCGAGCACGCUUCCAAUCUUUUGGACAAGCUUUUUAACACACCAUCACCUGACAGGGAUCCCGUUAUCCUAUUGGUGGAUGAGCUGGAUCUGCUAUGGACUCGUAAACAACACGUGCUGUACAAUCUCUUUGAAUGGCCCACACGGCGUCACGCCCGGCUUAUUGUGCUGGCUAUUGCUAACACCAUGGAUUUGCCCGAAAGAAUUAUGAUGAAGCGUGUCUCUAGCCGACUGGGCCUGACCCGGUUGACGUUUCAGCCGUACACUUUUUCACAGCUGCAGCAGAUUGUGAUGUCUCGCAUCGAAGGGUUGAAAGCCUUUGAACCUGAUGCCAUUCAGCUGGUCUCCAGGAAGGUUGCUGCGGUAUCUGGUGAUGCACGCCGAUGUUUAGAUAUAUGCCGCAGAGCAGUAGAAAUCGCAGAUUCACGUGCCAAAAAGAAGGGAACCGCAUUGGUUGGAAUGAGUCACGUGGACUUAGCUUUACAAGACAUGUUCUCGUCACCUAAGAUACGAGCCAUGAAGUGCUUGUCACAAGUAGAAGGUCUUUUCCUCAAGUCUGUUAUCGCAGAGUUUCGUAGCUCUGGACUUGAAGAGGCAACUUUUGGUGAUGUGUUUCAGCAACUCAAUGAUUUUUGUCGAAUUGAGGGCCUUUCGUCCCCUACACCAUCACAAGCCGCGGCUGUUUGUUGUCGUUUAGGAGCCUGGAAGCUACUUUUAGUAGAGUCUGGCCGUCGCGACCUGGAGCAGAGAAUUCGUUUGAAUGUCAAUCAAGACGACGUUCUUUAUGCUCUCCAAAAGAAUCGCACGUGAUCACCGUUGAGUGGGAUAGGAGGUCACGUGGUUAGGCUUCAUCCAAUCAUUACUCAAAUCGUUAUUUCAGAUGAUGUUGAAAUGCAUUUUGGAAAUUUUUAAUUGCUAGUUGAGUUCGCGCAGAAAAAUAUGUCUAUUUUUUUAUCAAGCAAUAUUAUAUAUAUUUCUUAUUUUUCUUAUCACUCAAUGUUCUUGUAAAAAAGGUUGUCCUCAGAAGAACUAUUUUUGUAAAUUUUAUCUUGAAUAACGGAAGGUGCCAGAAUUAUGUCAACUAAUUUUGUCAUAUUAUUGUAAAUAGAGCACAUAACAGUUUUCAAUAAAGUAUUUUUUCAUUUUA